AGCGCGGCGGGGCUAGGCGUGGGGCGCGCCCGGCAUGUCCCUGUACCGCAGCGUCGUGUGGUUCGCCAAGGGGCUGCGCGAGUACACCAAGAGUGGCUAUGAAUCUGCAUGUAAAGACUUUGUCCCUCAUGACUUGGAGGUCCAGGUUCCUGGAAGAGUCUUUUUGGUCACUGGAGGAAACAGCGGCAUUGGCAAAGCAACUGCCCUUGAAAUCGCCAAGCGAGGUGGCACAGUUCACCUGGUUUGUCGAGAUCAAGCCCGAGCAGAAGAUGCCAGGGAUGAGAUCAUCCGGGAGAGCAGUAACCAGAACAUUUUUCUGCACAUUGUGGACUUGUCUGAUCCCAAGCAAAUCUGGAAAUUUGUGGAAAAUUUCAAGCAGGAACAUAAACUCCAUGUUCUGAUCAAUAAUGCAGGUUGCAUGGUCAAUAAAAGAGAGCUCACAGAAGAUGGACUUGAAAAAAACUUUGCUGCCAAUACUCUGGGUGUGUACAUUCUCACGACCGGCCUGAUCCCUGUGCUGGAGAAAGAACACGACCCCCGAGUGAUAACCGUCUCCUCAGGAGGAAUGUUGGCUCAGAAACUGAGCACCAAUGAUCUCCAGUCCGAAAGAACACCAUUUGAUGGAACUAUGGUCUAUGCACAAAACAAGACAGGAAUGAGCAGGAGCUGAGGAAGGUAGUGGGAGAGGCCCAGACUGCCUCACCACUCCCCAGGUUUUUGGAAAUAAUGAUGCAUGAAGGUAAAUGACAGCCACAAGGACACAGCUCGAAUGAUCUGGAAGCGUGUUGGAGCAGCGGUGGAGGGGAGCAGAAUUCUCUUCCGGAUUUGCCUCACCAACUCCGUGACCUCAGGCAGCUCACCUGGGCUCUCUGCAGCUCUUUCCUCCUCUACAAACAAGGGAACUGAAAGCAGCAGCAGCCACAGCACACACCCCAGGGUGCACCCGCGGCGCCAAGAACUGGUCUCAGCGCUGUCUGCGGAUUAACUCAUUUGUCCUCAAGCCCCUGUGGAGUGGCCACUACUGUCUAUUAUCACACCCAUUUACAGAUGAGGGAACUGAGGCCCAGAGAGGCUAAGACCUCCCAGCCGGGCCUGGCCAUGGGGUUUUGGGAAUCAGGCUCUCACACACUGCUGGCAUGGCCUUUCUGAAAAUCACUAUUUAUCAGAAGCCUUGGAAUUCAUCCUAAGAAAUAAAGAUAGGGAAAACAAGGUUGCUUAUCACAGUGCUGGUGGUAGGAGAUGAAGUUAAUAAAUUAUAGAACACCUGUGCAAAAUCUGUUCAGGGCUGAAGACUCUGCUGCCAAUCAUGCCUAUGGAAAAACCCUGUGUGCACUAUAUCAUUAAAUGAAGAUACCAAGUUCCUGAA